GCUAAUUCAAAACUGGUGGACCAGGAGAAAACUACGACAAGAGUAUGGCACACAGAGAAAAACAAGCUUCCCACAGUGGGAAAAGGACUACAACCUGCAACCUAUGAAUGCUUAUGGACUCUUUGAUGAAUACCUAGAAAUGAUUCUUCAAUUUGGGUUCACAACCAUUUUUGUGGCAGCUUUUCCACUGGCACCACUUCUGGCCUUACUUAACAAUAUUAUUGAAAUUCGGCUUGAUGCAUACAAAUUUGUUACCCAGUGGAGAAGACCUUUAGCUUCAAGAGCCAAAGAUAUAGGAAUCUGGUACGGGAUCCUGGAAGGCAUUGGAAUUCUUUCUGUUAUCACAAAUGCAUUUGUUAUAGCUGUGACAUCAGAUUUCAUCCCUCGCCUUGUUUAUGCUUACAAAUAUGGACCUUGUGCUGGCCAAGGAGAAGCUGGACAAAAGUGUAUGGUUGGCUAUGUCAAUGCAAGUUUAUCGGUAUUUCUGGUGUCUGACUUUGAAAACCGGUCAGAGCCAACAUCAAAUGGAAGUGAAUUUUCUGGUUCGCCAUUAAAAUAUUGCAGGUACAGGGACUACCGAGACCCUCCUCACUCCCCAGUGCCCUAUGGUUACACACUGCAGUUCUGGCAUGUCUUAGCAGCACGGUUGGCUUUCAUUAUUGUAUUUGAGCACCUUGUCUUUUGCAUAAAACACCUGAUUUCCUACUUAAUCCCAGAUCUCCCAAAAGAUCUGAGAGAUCGAAUGAGGAGAGAAAAGUACCUGAUUCAGGAAAUGAUGUAUGAAGCUGAACUAGAACGCCUGCAGAAAGAGCGGAAGGAAAGGAAGAAGAACGGAAAAUCUUAUCACAAUGAGUGGCCAUGA